UUUGUUUUGAAUUCAAACUGGUGAAGUGACUAAUGUUUUAAAUUUGCAAACGAUACAAUUUUCAUUGUUUUCUAUUGCUUUUCUUAGAUUUACAAAGCAAGUUUGUUGUAUCCAACGAAUUGUCAUUUUUAUCGGAAAUUGAUAUUAUUAUUGGAGAGUGAUUGAAAUCUUGUGCAAUAUACAUUUUUAUUUUAUUAUGGAAUGUGAUACAUUCACUUGCCUGGAUCCGUGUUUAGAAAAACAUUUAAAGGGUCAUCGUAAUAGUAUCACAGCAUUAUUUUAUAGCCCUAAUGAACAAAAAAUAGCAAGUAGCUCUUUAGACAACAGUGUUCUACUUUGGGAUCUGUCUGGUAAAAGUGGCAGAAGUUAUCGUUUCCUAGGACAUGAUGAAGCGGUUAUGGAUGUAACAUUUUCUCCAACUGGGAAGUAUAUGGCGUCAGCAUCUCGUGAUAAAACCGUAAGAUUGUGGGUGCCUACAGUAACUGGGAGCACGGGAAUGUUUAAGGCACAUUCACAAACUGUUCGCUCAGUUCAAUUUAGUCCUGAUGGUAGUAAGAUAUUGACAGCUUCAGAUGAUAAAAUAAUAAAACUCUGGUCAAGUGACAAGUACAAAUUCUUAGCAUCACUAGUUGGUCAUACAAAUUGGGUGAGGAGAGCUAUUAUGUCUCAAGAUGGGUCAAUCAUUGCUUCAUGUUCAGAUGAUAAGUCCACAAAACUUUGGAAUUCUGAGACUGGUGAAUGUAUUCAUACGUAUAAGGACCAGAAAGGUCAUGGGAUUUAUCUAGCAUGGCAUCCUUCUAGUUGCUAUGUCGCAGUUGGCACUACACAAGGCAAUAUUAAACUUUAUGAUGUAAGAACACAUACUUUAGUGCAGUAUUAUAGCAUUCACAGUGGUUCAGUUAAUCAACUUUCUUUUCAUCCUAGUGGCAGUUAUAUUUUAACUGCAAGCAAAGAUGGAACAAUGAAGAUAUUAGAUCUCUUAGAGGGUCAUCCACUAUUUACUUUAAGUGGACAUACAGGUUCAGUAAAUGCUGUAAAUUUUUCACCAAGUGGCAAUGGUUUUGCAUCAGCAGGAGAGGAUAAGCUAGGAGCGAAGAUAUGGUAUCAAUGCUAUCACAGCAAUAAGUACCCUGUUACUACUUUUUCACAUUUGGAUGAUUUUAAUGACACUUUGGAAACAGUGGUUAGUGAUUUACAUGGACCUAAUGCUCAUAGUACUUUAGUAGAUUCAAUUCCUAGUCAAGCUGAAUUUUUGAAUUCUCAAGAUAAUACUGGAAGACAGGAUACAGGAUCGCAAAUAAGGCAAUCAAUUGAUUGUUCAAACAAUGUAGGACAUAGCAGCCACAUUCCACGUUUACCACCUACAAGAACCACUUAUACAAUUCCAUCAAUCAUAAAUAAGUCAACUAAUCUAAUUAAUGAAAAUAGCAUUUAUGGUAUGAUUAAACUAGGCGACAAUGAUGUUUGCUAUACUAGUGGUACCAUAGAGUGGGUGGGAAGGAAGAGAAGCUUUCCAAUUAACAGUGGUUUUAAAGUGGUUAAUGAACAAAAUGUGAACAAUACUGAGCCAUUAUUGAAAAAAGUCAAGAGACUUAACAGAACAUACACUUGUGGGAUAGAUGAGUUCAAAGAAUGUGACUGUGGAGACGUGCUACCAACAGUAAAUGCAAUUGUGGAUCAUUUAAAUGCACUUCAUGAAGCAGUGGAUCUUGUUGAUUUAAGAUUAAACACUAUUGAGGGUGCUAUUGAAAAAAGUGGAUAGAUAGAAUUGAACAAACAAAUAAAAAUAUAUAUUUGAACAAAAUGUAUAUUAUUUAUUUAGGAAAUACUGUAGACACUGUGGUUAUUCAUAAUGACAUAUUUUAGUC